CCUGUGCUAGACCCGGGAGGUGCAACGGUGAAGCUCUUGUGCGCUCCUGUUCUUGCUAUAAAACGGAACUUCACAAUAUUCUGAACGAAACUGAGUCGUCAAAAGCAAGAGCUCAUAGUAACCUUAAUGCCGCGUUAAAUAUACUUAAAGAAUCUACAUCUGCAAUUAAAUUAUGAGGCUUCAACUAGAGUCAGAGAGAUGUCCAUUACAUAACCCGGACAAUAACACUGUACAUCUUGAGAGCUGAGGUAUGGACCAUUUCCUAAGUGGCUUGGACCACGGACCGAACCCGUGGUAUGCUCCACGCCCCCCUGUAACAAGUCAUGGUCACGAGUUUUCCAUUGGUAACAGCUCAUUCCAGUUGAUUCCUAUUUCUGGCAACAGCAACCAUAUCAGCAGCAAUCAUAGUCCACACACAGUGCCACCAACACCAACCUCGCAGCAAAAUAUACAGUCUGCCUUCAAACCCCCAGCCGAUUCCUCAAAGGUUAAAUCUGAGGUCAAAGAUGAAGAUGAAAGGAAUGGAAGCAAGACUCCAUCUCCUUCAGUAGCCCUAACACCGUUGUCUACUAAUAUGGCUCACCACAGCCAUAAAGCCAAAAAUAGUGAGCGGUGGGACACGAAAAAGGUGUGCAACAUUUGUGGAAAAGUGCUCUCACGCGGUGACAAACUGAAGAAUCACAUCCGAACACAUACUAACAAUUUCCCUUUCCACUGUGAUACAUGUGGCCAAGGAUUUCUCCGAUCUGAGGGCCUUCGUGUGCACAAUCGAAUUCAUACUGGGGAACGUCCAUAUGUUUGCAUGGUCUGUGGUAAAGCAUAUACGAGAAAAGAUAAGCUGACUAGACAUGCUAUUGUUCAUACUGGUGAAAGGCCAUUUGUGUGUCAGCAUUGUGGUAAAUCUUUCACACGAAAAGAUAAGAUGCAGCGGCAUGAGAUGAUACACAAAGUUGAAAAACCUUUCACCUGUGUUCCUUGUAAUCUGGAAUUUGUACGCCAGGAAACUUUCAAUGCUCAUAUGGAAAGGAAGCAUCCAGAACGACUUCCUUAUACUGUAGUGCAGCAUGCACGUUCUGGAAGCCCAGGAUACAAUCCCCAAGGACUUAAUCUCUCAGAUAGCAAGAGUGGUAUCAAACUGUCUCUGGGCAGUUCUAAACAAUCAAACAGUUCCACGUCAACAAGUUCUACAACCACCACUUCGAGCGCAUCUUUUCAAAGCGGUCCCUCACUCACAGGUGGCUCAUCAGUCCCUGCUGGUACCUCUUUAACAAGUGGACACUCACUCUUAAGUGGCACUUCACUGUUAGCUGGUUCACCACUUACCAACAGUUCUGCACUUUUAAGCAGUGUUUUACUCCCUAGUGGUAGUGGGGCUCACGCCUUAUCAUGAGCUUAAUUGGCCUAAACAAUUGGUUUCCUACAUGGAUGUGAGAGAUUUCUUAUCUAUUACUAACUUCUCAUGUAAGUUUUAUCAUAGAAGUAUCUUUAUAAUGUAUUACUUUUUAAGAGUAACAUUUCGAUAUGACUUUGUAGCUUCGCUUAUGUAUUUCAUUCGCAUAAUUGAUGUACAGUAUUGUUCAACUUUUUUUUAACAGUGACUGUGUUUUGAAUAAUUUUUAUAUUGCAUAGAUUGACACUUUAUUGUAAUGUAACUAUUUUUUUUUUUGUAGCUUACAUAUUUUAUUUCAGUAUUAGAGCUCAAAUUAUAAAUUAUGUUUCCAUUAGGCAAAAAAAUCAUGAAGUGAUUUGAGGGUUUUAAUUAUUUUGUUUAUCAGUAACAAUGUCCAACUUUUAUGUACAGGAUGGGAAGUUUAUUAUUCUGAAGUCUCUUGUAAUGAUAAUUAUUCCCCAAACUAAGAGAGAAAUGGCUAUUAAAGAGAAAAUCAUGACUGUUAAUUAGCUGCACUUAUUUUACUAUGUAUUUUUUUUAAUUAUACGAAUAGGGUAAAAUUGCUGGUAUCUGACUUUCUAACGUAAGUUAUUGCACACUACAAAUUUUCAAAGUCCAGAAUAUAUUAUUUGAGACAUGAUCCAUAAUUAAAAGAAAAACUGUUCAUUUAUCACAUAUUUUUCACAUUUUUUAUGUAAAACUCCAAAUGAAAAUCAACAAUUGAAUUUUGUUUUAAUAUGCUCAGUGACUUCCCAGGGCGUCAAAAUGUGUCCUAGUCUUACACGCAACGUUAUUUUACGUUAUGCUACACGCUACUGUAAUCUUCAAAAACUUUAUCUAGGCAAUAUUAAAUGAGUUACCAUUCAUAUGUUAAUAAAAUAAUCACUUAUUAAAGGAGUUACCAUUUAGAAUUAUAUUCUAUAUCUUCCCACACUGUAUGGGCAAACUUUCGAGCAAAGUAUAAAUGUUAACCAGUCAUAUUAUAGAUAGCUACCACAACAAAUUAAAUUUUAAGAGAGUUAACCCUCCAAUAUUUUCUAAGAUCCAGCCCCCUUAAAGCUUGGUCUUCAAAGUUAAGGCCAUGAUUUCCCAAAUUAAGUAAAUGAAGUAGGCUCCUUUACCUUCUUAUGCCCAAAAGUUUCUUUAGUUCGAGAUUUUCUAUGAAAUAUCUUUGGAACUCAUUCCAAUGAAUCAUUUAGAAGACAAGGUUUCAUGACUGCAGUAUUUUCAGAAUAACAUUUCUGGAAAACCUCCAUUGAACAAAACAUCAAAAUUUGCCAUUUCUAAAACUAUAAAUAGCCAUAUGAUUUAAAUUAUAAACAGCACCCUAAACUAUUGUUUUUCCCACACCCUAUACUAUUGUUUUUCCCACACCCUAUACUAUUGUUUUAGUUAGGAUAGUCUAUGACUUUUUUUUAUCAACUCGAUGAAACUUAGUAAUUAAGAUAUAGCUCACUAUUUCGAAAACUUCACCCCUAAAAUUAAAACUAGCCAUAUGAACUUUUUCAAACCAGGUUAAUCCAAUUUUUCCCACACAAAGCUGCUUUUGAUCAAGUUCACCCAUGAUCUUGGGAACCUGUUCCAAUUAAUAAUUUAGGAUAUAUGGGUUUAUAACAAAUUUCAGAAUAAAAUAGAUAACACUUCCACUAAAAUAAAAUUUGAUCUCCAUCAAACAAUAAAGAAGCACAAGAAUAAAUACAAACUUGAGAAAAUAUAUGGUCUGCAGGAAAUUACUUUACAUUAUGAUCCAAAAUUUACAUAACAUAUGAAUUUACAUAACAUAUGAAUAAGAGGAAACUGCACGGGGUAUUAGCCCCUAAGAGGCAACUCCUCCACAUCUAUACUUCUCCAAACUCAUUCCUUUAUGCUCUAUAUCUAACCUAUGCUUGAAAAACACUAGCAAUUUCACAGCUAUUAUGUUACCUGGUAAUGUGCUCCAUAAACCAAAAAUGCUGAAAUCUGAACUUUUCUGACAUCCACAAUUUUGGAGAGAUUCAGUGACCAAAUUUAUUCUAGUUUUUUUUUGUUUUAGGGAUUCCCAUUAUCGAGGACCAGAUUUCUUAUUGGUUUACUGUAUGGAUAUCAGAUUUUAAAAUAUAAAUGAUAUCUCUGUGGAAACUCCAAUGUUGUGUAUUGCAAGAGGAAAUGUUAAUUUGCAAUUCCAGAGUAAUGUCUGGAAUUGUAAUGGUUAUUAAGCCUUUAAAUAUGUUGGCCUGCAGAUAUAAAGUGCUGCACAAAGUGUUUGUAAACACAGGUUGCCAAUAUUCUGACAGCUAGACACGUCACCAAUUUGUAAAUGACUGUAUCUGUUCAGCAAUUUUGUUUCAUUUCUAUUAGGCAUCAUUCCUAUAAUAAUAUGUAGUACCUGGCUCCUGAAUGUUUGGUCAGCCCAAAGUUCGGCGACUUUCCUUGGAAAUCACCAAGCUUUAAAAUCUAAUAUGGCUGGACAUAGUAGGAUGGUGUGUAAGGAGUUUUUAUUGGUGUUUUAAGAUUGGUGGGUAGCCCUACCCACAUUGCCAGACGCUGAAAUUGGCCUUCUCAUGCUGGUGGCUCAUUUCUUGGUAGCCACUGGCUGUUAAGGUCUUAUAUAAUAUACAAGGUAGCAUGGUGUGUGAACAUGCAUUGGUGGCACUUUCAAUUCAUUUGGAGAUUUAGUACUGGGUUUCAGAAGCUGGGUACAUGCAAUGAGGCAUUUGUGGUGCUGGUAUCCAGCCAUAUACUUUAUUACUGAAAAUGCACCUCUCUAGUGUCUACCCCCACCCUGUGUAAUUCCCCCUACACUGUGUAACCCCCAUGUUUAGGAAUCAUAAUACAUCUGCCUGAACACUAACGAAUACAUAUUAAAAUAUAAUGCCUUAAAUUUAAUGAUAAAAAAUUAAAUAUUUUCUUACCAUUUUCAUUAGGAGCAUGCUCUUAGUGAUGAAAAAUCAAAUGUUAUAACUUUUAUUCCAACUCUCAAAUAUAUUUCAUGCUUCAAUAUAUUAUUGAAGUAUAUUUAAGGAAUUUCUGACAUUUGUGACUCUUCUAUUCAUUGGUGCAGACGUUAGAGAAUUUUAGGCAUCAGUUGCCGGAUUCCAAUUACCAGCUGGAAUCUGAUCAACUGGAUACUGGUAACUGGCAGGAUGCCUCCAACUUUACCCUAUUCUCAAGACAUGAGUAUUGUUUGAAGAAGUCUGUCCAAGUAGAUUGAUGUACAAGGAAGAUGAUGACAGAAAUAUCUUUCUCUCAAAUGUGGAACACUGUAUGUAUUCUAACCUAGAAAAAUAAUUAUUUAUCCUUUCAGCUAUUUAAUAGUAAAAACAUGCAUGUAGGCAGCUUUUAUUACAAUAAUACAUAUUUUUCCUGCAGGGGUAUUUUUAAAAUUAAACAAAAUUGCUGCAAUAUGUGCAUUGUAUUUUUCUUAAUGGAAUAGGGUAAUACAUGAAGUGGAAUUAAACAAAAUUAAAUGGAAGAUUGACCAGAAAUAUGAAUCAUAGAAGCUGCAAACAUACUGUACAGUGAAUCAAUUAUUAGAUUAAUAAUAAAUGACCUAAUGAUGUAGUUUGCAUAGCUCUCUAACUGGCUUCUGCUGAAGUAGUAUACUUCUAGUUCUUCAGAUUAAAUACUUGUUCCUUUGAUAGGUUGCUAAGAAUUACUGCAUUUUUGUCAUUUGUUAUUAGGACUGGCUAUGUUUUUUCCAACUAAAUUUAUUUUCAUUU